GGGGAUGAUCUCGCCGCGAGCCAUGACUGGUCGGCCGAUGCGCCGCCGAAUAAACAUCGUAGCUCACCGAUAAUAGCCGAAGCGCCGUAAGGUGCCGCUCGGUUUGCGGGAGCGAGACGGAGGAGGCCGUGCGGAACGCCAUGGUGUGUGACUGCGACUGCCUACGUCACUCUUGUCGCCCGAAGCUGUCGUUGAAUUUCGCGUCGCGAGUGCAGCGGAAAAACAUUGUAUCCCGUGAGUACGGCCGGGCGUUGUUUCUCUUUCGCGCCGAUUCGCGAUUCGAUCGCGAUCCGAGGUGAGCGGGACGGGACGGGACGGGAGAAAAAAAGAGAGAGAGAGAAAAAGAUAUAUACAUAUUUAUAUAAAGCGAGAGAGACGCCUUUUUUAAAAGCCCGUGCAUCUCUCGGCGUGCGCGUGUCCGCGGAACCGCCGCACCGCACCGCACCGCAUCGUGUUCGGCGACGCGCCGCGCGGUGCAGUGUGUACACGUACGAGGCCGCGUGCGCGCGCGCUCGCGUGUGUGUCGCGAGUGCCCCUCUGUGUUGCUCCUUGUGUGUACUCGCCGAGAGGAGAGUGCGUUACGGUUCCUACGAGGUGAGCUUUUUAGUACGAGUACUGUCGGGCGAGAGUGUGGCCGACGCGCGCGUACCGGCAUCUAGGGUCUCUCGCUCGUGUCAUCGUUCUCGUGUUGUCGUGUCGUCAUCGUCGUCGCCGUCGUCGUCGUCGUCGCCGUCGUUGCUGCCGCCGUUGAGAUCGUGUCGUCCUCGCGUCUCGGUGUCGUCGCAGCUGACGAGCGUGUGCAUCGUGAACGCGGGGCGAGCCGCGGUGGCCUGUCGCGAAAGAGUGCGCCAUGCGAGAGAGGGCGAAAUCGGUGACUGGCGGGCGGCGGCCAUCUUCCAGAUGAGUUUUUCUCCUUCUUUCUUCCCGAUAAACGGAGUGCGCUAUGCCGUGAGAGAGAAGACCAAAGGGACCGAGAGAUCGUAAGAGACCGAUCGCGAUAGAGACGGAGAGGCGGCCAGUGAAACGGGGAAAAAGAGAAAGAGAAGGAGAGCGGGCGAGAGAGGAAGGAAAUUUCAUAUACGUCUAUCAUGCAACGAGAGAUGCGGUGAACGGCGCGUGCUGUUCGGCGGAGUCGCGAAAUUUCACGAGCGCGUGUCGCCGCUUCAACCAGUUUUCGCUCGUGAGCGCGACAAGGAGGAAACGCUCGCUCGUGUGCGCGAGAGGAACGUAUUAGGAAGUGCGCCCGCUCGCGCCUGCGAGAGAGAGAGAGAGAGAGGGAGAGAAAGAUCGGCAGAGGGACGGCGAGGCGAACCAGAGCGGAAGACGGAGAAAGAGACAUACCGCGUGCGGGGGAAGAAAACGGAAGCGGUGCGGAGGUGAAACGAACGCGGAGAGGCGAUCCCCUGUUAUCGCGUUUGUUCGUAAUCGCGUCGUUUUUCCGCGAGCGUGAAAGAAGAAAGAGAGAGAGAGAGAGAAGAAGAAGAAGAAAGAAGGAAAAAGAAGAGAAAAGAAGCGAGUCGCGUCGAGCCAUCGUCCGUUUCUACGAUCUCGAGGAGUGCGUUGUCAGCGAAUGAAUCGAUUACUCGUCGUGUGUAACCUCCAAGUCUCUGGCUGGACGUCGCGAGGAGACUGGGAGGCGGCCGGGAGGGCGGGGGGGAGGAACUAGGAGGAGGAGGAGGAGGAGAGCCUCGGUGAUCCGAGCCAUCGCCUUGUCGUCGUCGCCUUCGCGUUUGGCUCUCUCGCGCGUCUACCGAACCGAGUUUUUCGAGCGUGUCUCGAGCUACGCGUCGCGUGGAUACCCGCGAGCCAAUCGCGGCCGAUAAUUCGCGCUCGGCCGGCGAGUCGGCGGGGACCACCGAGUCGCAGGACGGUGUAUAUACGUACGGGAGAUCCACGAGGCGCUCGCCGAGGAGGAGAACUCGAAGCCCCGGAAGUCGGGGAGUGCGAAAAAUCCACGGAUGCUAACCCGCGGUGCGGCCCACCCGGUACAUCGCGAUCGAGAGAGAGUGUGUAGUGUGAGAUCAAUAAUGAGACAGGUGCUCUCAUUGGUGUAAAGCGAUGCGGCGGAGCUGAGAGUUUUGUCGGGCGGCACUCUAGGGCUCAUGAAAAGUGUAUCCGGUGUGCGUAAAGUCGCCGUCAAGGACCACCGCGUCGCGAGACAUUCCAGCGAGUCGGAUCAGUGUGAUUAUAAUGUAGUGCCAACUUUGCAGAUGGAUAAACAGGGAUGACUGAUAAUUGCUGGAACUCUGGUGGUGGCGCUGGUGUCAAGAUGGAGCACUUUCAGGCCACCCUGGACCCAAGGAAGCAGGAGUUAUUGGAGGCCCGCUUUCUCGGAGCGAGGAUGUCUGCUGGGUCACAAAUUCAGAUGGCACCCCAAACAACCGUAAACUCUGGUCAGACAGUUCAUAGUCAAGACUCGAACAUGAGCACUGGCUCAUCGCAUAGUGAUAAGGAGGUGGAUGCAAACACUCCGGAAAAAAUACCACGGACUACUUCUGAGAGAAAAAGAAAACGUAAGGCUGAUGACGGAGGUGGGGGUGUUUCAAGUAGCUCUGUAACGAGUAAGGGCGCUAGAUCGAUCGCUGCUCUCGAUAAUAAGAAGAUCAAUGAGUAUUUCCCAAAGCAUCAUCUGGGUAAUAGUCCUAUUCGGCAUGGUGGUGCCAAGAGUCCCUCUCCUCAACAGACUUAUCCCAUGUUUCCACCAUCGCCUCAACAGUUACUUCCACAAGUAACGACACCUAAUUCGGUGGCUGAAUUCUCUUCGCUGAUGCAGCCACCAAGACCUCACCCUCAACCUCCACCGCCUCCACCACCAGUUUCGACACAACCUGCAGGCUCGAUGGUCAGCAAGCAGGUGCAGGUAAGGCCUACCAACCUCAAUAGGACAAGCCAGGUCAGGCAAGCGAAGACUAACACCCCAAAUACAGAACUUACUUGCCAGAGGAUACAGGAAUUUGAAACUCAAGCAUCUUCAGACUUAGAAUUACGUAACAACAAAAUUGACGAAUUAAAUAGGACAACGGAGGAACUUAGGCAUCAAAUGGCUAAUCAACAAAAAUUGAUUGAGCAGCAUAAAUCGCAUAUAAAUAAGUGUAUAGACGUUGUAAAGAAGUUAUUAAAAGAAAAAUCAAACAUAGAAAAAAAGGAGGCUAGACAGAAGUGUAUGCAAAAUAGACUGAGGUUGGGUCAAUUCGUGACGCAGAGGGUGGGCGCGACCUUUCAAGAGAAUUGGACCGACGGUUACGCGUUUCACGAGCUUGCACGGCGGCAAGAGGAAAUAGCGACCGAACGAGAAGAGAUCGACAAGCAGAAGAAGCUGCUGCUCAAAAAGAGGCCGUCGAAUAGUGAAACUGGUAGGAAACGUAGUCAACCGCAACCCUCUUUGCAUAAUGGCACCGAGGCGACGUUUUUGAAGCCGGAUGCAGUACCUGGGUCGUAUACGUGGCAAGAGUAUUAUGAAGCUGACGAAAUACUCAAGUUAAGACAAAGCGCGUUGAAGAAAGAAGACGCGGAUUUGCAAUUAGAAAUGGAGAAGCUCGAAAGGGAGCGGAACCUACACAUCAGAGAAUUGAAGCGUAUUCACAACGAGGACCAAUCGAGAUUCAACUCCCAUCCUGUUUUGAAUGAACGUUAUCUUCUGCUAAUGUUAUUAGGAAAGGGCGGUUUUAGCGAAGUGCAUAAGGCAUUUGACUUAAAGGAGCAACGGUACGUGGCUUGUAAGGUGCAUCAAUUAAAUAAAGACUGGAAAGAAGAUAAAAAGGCUAAUUAUAUAAAGCAUGCAUUACGAGAGUAUAAUAUACACAAGGCAUUGGAUCAUCCACGAGUUGUAAAAUUAUAUGACGUAUUUGAAAUUGAUGCCAAUUCCUUUUGUACUGUUUUGGAAUAUUGUGAUGGCCAUGAUUUAGAUUUUUACCUCAAACAGCAUAAGACUAUACCCGAGAGAGAAGCGAGAUCUAUUGUUAUGCAAGUUGUAUCGGCAUUAAAGUACCUCAAUGAAAUAAAACCCCCAGUCAUACAUUAUGAUCUAAAACCAGGUAACAUUUUGUUAACCGAAGGUAACGUGUGCGGCGAAAUAAAAAUCACAGACUUUGGUUUAAGUAAAGUUAUGGAUGAGGAAAAUUAUAAUCCAGAUCACGGAAUGGAUUUAACAUCCCAAGGAGCGGGUACUUACUGGUAUCUACCUCCCGAAUGUUUUGUCAUUGGCAAAAAUCCUCCUAAAAUAUCGUCCAAAGUUGAUGUCUGGAGUGUAGGAGUUAUAUUUUACCAAUGCCUAUACGGUAAAAAGCCCUUUGGUCAUAAUCAGUCGCAAGCCACCAUUUUGGAGGAGAAUACGAUACUGAAGGCCACAGAAGUUCAGUUUGCGAAUAAACCGACCGUUAGUAACGAAGCAAAGAGUUUCAUAAGAAGUUGCCUAGCGUAUAGAAAGGAGGAACGCAUAGACGUACUGACACUAGCUAGACACGAAUACCUGCAACCCCCAGUGCCAAAACAUGGCCGCCAAGCGAACAGCCAGCAGCAACAGCAACAGCAACAGAUACAGCAGCAACAGCAGAGUUCGUUCAAUAUCGGCAUGUUUAGUGGUAUGAACGCGUCGAGCAGUUCGUAGUGCAGAGGAAGAACUAAGGACGAAAUCCUCGAUAUAUACUAGUACAUGCCAAAUUUUGAGCGCUCGGACUGUGCACACCAUCUCAUCUUAGGGAAAUAACGAUUAUUAUAAUCAAUUGUAAAUACUAAAACCGGAUACUAUCACCGUCACCACCACCCACCACCAUCACCACAACUAUUACCACAACUACCACCGCCAUCACCACACCGUCACAACUAUACUUACAGGAUCGACUACAUAGGACAUUGCAAGAGAGAUGCGAGACUGGUCAUCCGCAAGUCCAGGAGCUUGCGUCUUUCUACAAGCCACGCCACAUUAUUCAGCAUGACAAGAAACAAUGUUGUGUUCGUAAAUAUUCAAUUGUAUUAUCGUUCCUUGUAUCAAACAGUGCGCUGACUUGAUAAUAGUGUUUAAAAGAAAGAGAGAGAGCGAAAGAGAACGAACGAGCGUGCGAACGAGAAAAUAACAUGUGAUAAGUCAUUAAGAAUUAUAAGAGUGACGCUUAGAUUAAGGGGAAGGGGGGAAACAGAGUAUGAGAGAAAAAAAGAGAGAAAACAAGAGAGAGAGAGAGAGAGAGAGAGAGAGAGAGAGAGAGAGAGAGAGACUACGAUAAAAUAACAAUUCUUCCGAGGGAAGCAAAAUUAAAUCGAUGAGAAAAGAAAGCAACGAAGAGUAGGGGGAAAAAAUAGAAAGAAACUGAAAAAAAAUAAUCGGAGCAAUCGCAGUAAUCGCUUUUACGAAGACAACGUUCCUCUCUCCUGGCGUUUUAGUGUGCAUGUGUGAACGCUAGAGGAUUGUUAAAAUUAGUGUGAAUGUAUAUAUUUAUACUAUAUAUAUAUAUAUAAAUAUAUAUAUAUAAAACUAAUAAAUCCGACAUAAUAUAUAUAUAUGGUGUAAAAAGGACGACGAUAAACAUUGACAGUGGGAAGACAACUGUGGUGGCUCUAUCCUCGCAUGACCUCCGGCGCCGGUUUCCGACAUUCCAUGAAUGCUCGGCCUGCGUAUCAUGUUACUUUAUUCGAAUAUUAACAUUAUUACCUGUAUCAUGAUUAAUAACGACUAACAUACACGCGCAUCCACACGAAACAUGUACACGACACAAUUACACACGAAGGAGAUUUGAUUGGUUGUUCCUAUUCUGAAACGAGAGUGGGCUUUAUAUCUAUAAUGCCGGAACGAAUAGUCCGUUAGAAAGAGAGAAUAAAAGCGAAGUGAGCAUAGAGAGAAAGAAAGACAGAGAGAAAGAGAGAGAGAGAGUGAGAGAGAGAAUCGCGAUGUGCUCCCAAAGUGAAAAAUAUUAUAGGAUCGUAGUCCAUCACUAUCACCAUCACUUUAAAAAAAAAACCCCGUUUUCAAGCGUGUAUGGUUUAAAACUCCGCGAUGAGAUUUGCAGUAUCGAAGCGCGUUAUGUUUUCCCUUCUUCACUCUACCUCCUCUUUUCUUUUAUCUCCUCUCCUUCCUCUUCUCUCCCUUUUUUGUCAAAAGAGAUAGGAAAAGGGAGAGAAAAGAAAAGGUAGAGAGAGCAAGCGAAUCCAAAUGUGCGUAUAAUAGAGCAAGUUUCGUGGAAAUGGCUAGACGACAUAUUAAUUAAUUAAUUAAUCAGACGACGGAUAAAAAAUGGAUAAAAGAAAAGAGUAAAUUUCUAAGAUGAGAGAAUCGUGAACCGCUAAUACCGACCCCAUCAUUAUUUCUUUACUCGUAAUUUGUUUUAUAUAUAUAUGUACGUUAUAUAUAGAUAAUUAUGAAAUAGAAGACUAAGUUAUUUUAUCAAGUGUCCUUGCUUUGUAUUAUAGUCGCGUCCGUCGACGAGCCGUAGCUUCUGGGAGUAAAAGAGAAAAAGGAGAAACGGAAUGCGUUGAGAGCGAACGAGAGAAAAAAAAAAGAGAGACUGAGAGCGAGUGAGUGCGUGUGUUGUUAAAAGUGUUGCGUCAGUUGUUGGUACAAUAUGGGCACCAGGUAUUGAUGACGGCUCAAUACCAUCAAUGUGAUUGGUAAAAGCGUGGUGAGAGAGGAGAAUACAAUUACAAGUCUGAACAGAGAGUCUACUACUACUUAGAUCCGCCGCUUCAAUUUUGACAAAAAAGAAAAAAAAAAGAAAAGAAAAGAAAAAAUGCCAACUGUUCCCACAUCCUGCAUCCUAUUUCUCGUGAAAAAAAGACACGCAGCAAAUGUAUUUUUUUUUUUCUUUUAGCAAAGCGUAUUAUCUAUUGACGAUUUCUUACGAUAAAAUUUCAAAAUUGCAUAAUUUGCUCAACAUAAUUCUUUUCUCUAUGAUGAUAAUUGAUGUAAAUUUUUAAAAAAUAUUUUCGCUGAUUCGAAGAGAGAGAUGGGGAGGAGAAGCAAAUAUUUAAAAUAGUGAAAAUACAUGAAUUUGUCAUUCUCUCUCUCGCACAUCUUUCCGAUUAUAUCGUUUUGACUUCGAGUUGAAUAGAGCUUGUAUCUCUCAAAAUUGUUAUAAUCGGCCUUAAGAGAAUAUUGUUCGAAUAAGUAUUUAUGCUAUAUCGAAUAUCUUUUGUUCAUCGUCAUAAAGGUAUUCGAUGCUUAUAUACUUUGCGACAGGAAGGAUUUUAUAUCUGUACAUAUCUAUAGGAUCCCUCAGAGAGAAGGCAAUUGGUCAACUUGCAUGCGUUCAAGAUAGAUUGAAAGAGAGAGAAAUUUUUUAUCUACAAUUGUUUCCACUGCGAACGUAAAGAAGGGAAGAAAUACCUUUUUAUCGAUUAAGAUAUUACACAAUCUGUCAAAUACACACUAUCAAAUAUAAUAAUAGACGCCA